CAAGCAAACUAAACAAAUCAGUUGUACAUUUACUUUGUUUAGUCUUAUCGUCUUUAUAUACGGGGAAGGAUUUCACAAGUUUUUUACACACUGAGAUGAAGCACGUUUUAUUUAUUUUUGCUAUUUGUAUAGCAUACGCUUACUGUCAAACGGAUACAGAUGUUAAAAAUUUGCUGACGAAUCUUUUUACAACACAAAGUUACAACAAAUUGGUCAGACCAACAAGAAACCAAUCAGAGCCAACAGCAAUAUGGAUUGAAUUUUUUCUCUAUGGAAUAAAUGGAUUCGACGAAAUUCAACAAAAGCUAACGACAACUGCAUAUCUCGAAAUCUACUGGUAUGAUGAACUUUUAGCAUGGACGCCUUCAUCCUACGGAAACUUGUCGGACAUUUUUCUACCCCAAGAGGAUAUAUGGAGACCGGAUAUUGCGCUAGAAAAUGGUUUUAAAGAUUUAGAAAGCCUCGGUUCGAAAUUUAUUCAUGCGGAAGUUGAAAAUGACGGACUCGUUUUGUGGAAACCGUUUCAUGUUUUUAACUCUAGAUGUAAACUUGAUUCGACUUACUUCCCUUUUGAGAAACAAUCAUGUGACAUUGACUUUGUUGCGUGGGCAUUCGAUGAAAGCGAGGUUUACCUGGAAGUAGGAACUGAUGGAGUCAACACAGAAAUUGCUAUCGACAGUAAUGGCCAAUGGGAACUGGUUUCAUCCUCGAUCGUCUCGUUUUCUGAUGAAGGCGUGUCUCAAAUUCGAGCAACGCUGGUUAUAAAACGGAAACCGCUUUUCUUCAUAAUCAAUAUCAUACUUCCUAUAGUAUUGCUCUCAAUUUUGAACAUAUUCACCUUCCAAAUACCAGCUGAUAUUGGAGAGCGAAUGGGGUACACCGUAACCGUUUGGUUGUCGUUUGCAGUGUUUUUGACCAUCAUUAGCGCGUCACUUCCGCAAAGUUCAGAUACUAUUCCCGUGUUAUCCAUCUACAUAAUAAUACAACUAAGUAUUGGUACAUUCAGCGUACUGUUGUCCGCAUGGCUGUCUCGUAUAGUAGGUCGCUCAGAUGAUAGCCCUGUGUAUUUACUGCUGAAGAAGAUUGCAUUGCUUAAGAGACGUAUGCAUUGCGCAUGUUCCAGUAGGAAAGUUGAUAAUAUAGUGCAACAUUGCAAAAUUGAUCAAAAUGGUGAUGUACACUUCAAUGCCAAGAAUGAAACAGAUUCUACCAAGAGAGAAAAAUCAGACGAGUCCAAAAUUGAUUGGAAAGAAGGUGUUGCUGCCUUAGAUUUUACAUGCUUUUGGAUAUUUAUUAUAGUUCUUAUUAUAUCAACACUCGCGAUGCUAAUGACAUCAGCUUUACAAGACUGAUAAAUACGGGAUUGGUAGCCAAAAUUGUGAUCUGAAAGAAAACCAACCCGGACAAUCAUAUGACGUUUUAACUGAAGCAUAAGGUACAAUAUCGAACAAAAAAUUGGAUAAAAAAAAUUGGAUUAAAAAAUUGGAUAAAAAAUUGGAUGAAAAUAUGGAUAAAAAAGCCUGUAGAAAUUCAAAAUAUAUAUGCUAGUAUUUUUUUCGCCAAAUCACGAUUAUUCCAUCUGAAAUCAUAUGUCAAAGCUCAAAAACUAGUAGCUUUCAAAGUUGCACUUAGGACAAAAGGUUCUUUUGCGAUCCUUUACAUGGAGAAAAUAGCUUAUAAUAUGUAUGUUAUUAACAUAGGAUAUAGGGUUCACCCGUUGGACGACUGUAUAACAUCCAGUUGCAAAUUAAAUGCAUUUGUAGGACGAGAACAUACUUAUAAUACUGGCGGCAUUUUGUUCAAGGUUAUGUUUUUUUUUUUCUGAAAUUGUCUAACAUUUCACCCCUUGUUUUAUUUAU